CACUAGCUGUGCAACCACUAAACAGUGUCCCCACAGAGCCAUGGACAUCAACUUAGUAAAUGCUCUUCCCUAUGAGGAUUUUGUAAAUAUUUUUGGCAAUGUGGUGGAGAAAUGUCCCAUUAUAACAGCUUCUGUGUGGUCGAAGCGUCCCUUUGUGAGCUUGCCUGCUUUGGAGGCUGCUAUUAGUGAGUUCAUCGAUUCUCUGCCAGAAUCAGGUAAAGAGGGGAUCCUCAGGUGUCACCCGGACCUCGCUGGCAGGGACCUCCAAAGGGGCACCUUGACCCUAGAGUCUCGCGAGGAGCAGGCACGAGCCGGGCUGGACUCGCUGAAUUCCGCGGAAGCCUCGCGUAUGACCCGGCUCAACGAGGAGUACAAAGAGCGGUUUGGGUUCCCGUUUGUCAUCUGCGCCCGGAUGAACGACAAGGCGAACAUCUUACGGCAGCUGUCCGAACGCUGUCAGAACGAGCGCGCGGUGGAGAGGGCGCGCGGCAUCGAGGAGGUGAAGAAGAUAUGCCGUCUGCGCCUCCAGGGUCUCGUGCUCACUGACGCGCCAAACAAGUUGUGACCUUCAAUUACUGGAGUUUAUGCUGGAUUUCACCUCUGUGCCAGUUUAACCUCCUGGACGUAAAGACUGUCACUGCUAUCAGACCUGAGAUAUUUGUCUUAUUCCAAAUUUAUUAUGUGUGCUAUUCAUUCAUCUUCAUGACUUUUUCAAACAAUAAAAUAAGUGAAACAUUGA